AUGGAAGACAAGGACGAGGUGAAGAAACCCAAGCAAAAAAGUGCUGCUAUCUGUGGUUAUCCAGUGAGCAUCUUUUUCAUCGUGGUCAAUGAGUUCUGCGAGCGUUUCUCCUACUAUGGCAUGAGAGCCGUGCUCGUGCUGUACUUUAAGUACUUCCUGAAGUGGGACGAUGACUUCGCCACCACCAUCUACCACACCUUUGUGGCUCUCUGCUACCUGACACCCAUCCUGGGAGCCAUUGUGGCGGAUUCAUGGCUCGGCAAGUUCAAGACGAUUGUUUACCUGUCCAUCGUUUAUGCGCUGGGACAGGUUAUCUUGGCAAUAAGCGCUAUCCAUGACAUCACAGAUGCAAACAGGGACGGCACCCCCGACAACAUAACCGUACACAUAGCUCUGUCUAUGUUGGGUUUGAUCCUCAUUGCCCUGGGGACAGGAGGAAUCAAACCCUGCGUGGCUGCCUUUGGUGGAGACCAGUUUCUAGACCAUCAGGAGAAGCAGAGAAGCACCUUCUUCUCCAUCUUCUACCUGUCCAUUAAUGCUGGCAGUCUGCUGUCCACCGUCAUCACCCCCAUCCUCAGAGCUCAGCAGUGUGGUAUUCACACCAAGCAGCAGUGCUACUCGCUGGCCUUCGGCGUCCCCGCUGCUCUCAUGGUGGUGGCUCUGAUUGUGUUCAUUGUUGGAAAUCGCAUGUACAUUAAGACCCCCCCUCAAGGCAACAUCAUGGUGAAAGUCUGCAGUUGCAUCGGGUUUGCUAUCAAGAACCGCUUCAGGCAUCGUGCUUCUGAAUUCCCGAAGAGAGACCACUGGAUGGACUGGUCUGAGGAGAGAUUCGAUAAACUCCUGAUCGCCCAGGUGAAGAUGGUGCUGAAGGUGCUGUUCCUCUACAUUCCUCUGCCCAUGUUCUGGGCUCUCUUUGACCAGCAGGGCUCCAGAUGGACCCUCCAGGCCACCACCAUGAACGGCAACUUUGGGUUUCUCACAAUCCAGCCCGACCAGAUGCAGACUGUCAACCCUAUCUUGAUCCUGAUUCUGGUACCGAUCAUGGACAGUUUAAUCUACCCGCUGAUUUCCAAGUGCAAACUAAACUUCUCUCCGUUAAAGAGGAUGACUGUGGGGAUGUUUUUCGCUGCUCUUGCGUUCGUCGCUGCUGGCCUGAUCCAGCUACAGAUUGAUCAAACCCUGCCACAGUUCCCUUCAAACACUGAAGGACAAGUGAAGUUCAUCAACAUGAUUAACAGAACGCUGGAUGUCAGAGCCGGAGACAACGCAUUUACCUUGCAGCCUUUCACGGCCAAUGAUGAAUACCUGACCUUUGAUGAUUCAUUUCUUCUGGAUCUGGGGUCUAAUAGCAAUUCCACAGAGAGUUUAGUGGACAGCAAUCGGACUACCUCCGUCAUCAUUCAGGAUGGGUCCAUACCCAGGACUAUACGGUUCAAUGACAUCAAAAAAAAGCCGGAACAGGGCACUAAUGCUAUCAGAUUUUUCAAUGGAUUUGGCUCAGUUUUGAACGUAAUGUCAGGUGACCUAACCUUUGGGAACAUCACCACCAACAACAUGUCACUCUACGUCACGUUACCGCAGGGACUUGCAGAGUUCAGCAUCAAGGAUACUGCUGGACUGGAAGAGUGCGUUUACAAACAAGAGCUGGGCUUCGGCAGCUCCUUCACCUUGCUCAUCCCGCCAACUUUCCAAUUUGGACAAAACUGUGAACAGAGCAUCCGAUCAGUGAUGGACAUCAAGCCCAACACCAUCCACAUGGCCUGGCAGAUCCCUCAGUAUUUCCUCAUCACUGUAGGAGAGGUGGUGUUCUCCGUCACCGGCCUGGAGUUCUCCUACUCACAGGCCCCCAGCAACAUGAAGUCUGUGCUGCAGGCUGGUUGGCUGUUAACAGUUGCCGUAGGUAACAUCAUCGUGCUCAUUGUCGCUGAGGCCGCGACGCUCGGAGAUCAGUGGGCUGAGUACAUCCUCUUCGCCUCUCUGCUGUUGUUAGUGUGCAUCAUCUUUGCCUUCAUGGCCCAUUUCUACACCUACAUGGACCCGGCCAAGAUCGAAGCCCAGUUUGCCCAGAAGGAGCCUGAAGAGAAGGAGAAGAGGAAGAGUGUGGAGAUGAGCCGGAAGGACUCGGUUGAGAACCGCAGCAAGCGCAGGAGUUCCGACUCCAGCUCUGACGAGGAGGAACCCAAACAGACGACGUUCUAAAGCGACGCUCCUCUCCGGCUUCACAGGUGCUGCUCCGUUGUGUUUCACGGACAUGUGGUGGUUAGAGUGAAUGGAGGACCUGAGUGAAACAGUGCUGACUGAGCUCUUGGUGGACAGUGUGUAGUGAAGGAUCAUGGCAGAGAUCAUUCAAACACUACUUUGUUUUUUAGGUUACUCAUAAAAUUUAAAACCCUGGAUCUUUAUCGGUUAGUAAUUGAUGCUUUUGUUGUUGUAAACUAGUUUAGAAACAAAAAGGACCUGAAGAUGUUGCACAUACAAUACACAUACAAAUCAACCAUUCCAACAUACAUAUUUAUUUCCAAGCAGUGUUUUGUAAUAUAUUGUGUUAUAAAUAUAUAUAUGAUGUUCUAAUGUGC